GUGUGGUACCGAUUGACAAGGAACGAAACGAAUUAACUUUUUUCGACUCAUAUUGCGUUUUGAAUACUCCUGCAUUUGUCUUGUGUGUAUAUUUCAAAAUUAUUAUGCAAAGGAAAUUACUAUCAAUACAAAUAUUUAUUUACUUUAAUCUAAUAGUGAAAUGUUCAACAGGUCAAGAUGUAAAAACAUGGAGGUCUAGUAUGAAUUUUAAUGAUGUUCGUAACUGGAAAAAUGGCAAAAUACCAUGUUCUAACCAGAAAGUAAUAUUUCCUUCUGAAACACCUGUCGCAAUUUUCAUGCCUGAAGUUUUGCAAGUGUCUGAAAUGCUUCUACCAAUGAAUGGAGAGCUUGUGUUUCCUGAAAAUGCUGUUUUAAAAAUUGGCGGUGGUUUGGAGAAAGGACAAUGUCCCAAUGAUGAUGCUGAAUUUAUACCAAGGAUGGACUUUUGGUAUGAUCCUAGCAACUGGAAUAUAACUUCGAGCCGUGCAUUUCCUAAAAAAGUGUCCACCCGGAAUUCUGCUGUACCUCACGCCUUCCAAAUUCCUUGCCCAAUGGAUGAGGCUUGGUUCCCAGCAGAUACAACAUUCCGAGCUCAUGUAAUUUAUCCAAUGACACGGGUAUCAAAAAUUUACAUUGGUAACAAGGAUUCUUACCAAGAAUAUAACCAAGACAAGUUUGAUAUGCUAAUAAGGAGUGAUACAGGAAAGUUGCUUUUUCCAGAUUUUCCGAGAUUCCGGAUCUCAGAAUCUACGUGCACUGAUGUAACUGGAUGCGAAUGUGGAAAUGAGGGCCAUGAGGUUCUACCAACAAUUUGCAAAUUUGAGGUGCCAUGCCCGGAACUUUCUUGUUCAGACCCGAUUAAGGUAGUUGGACAUUGUUGUCCUAUGUGUGCUGCCAAAAUAACUUUCAAAUAUGAAUGGAGUUUUAAAAUGGAUGGUCUUAUGCAAAUGUAUGAUAAAUACUUAACUACAGAAAAAUUCCAACAGGUUGAGAGUUUUACUUCAAAACUAUCAACCCGACAUAUUCAGUCAAUUUUUGUUGAUAAUUCUCCUGGGAAGCAAUUAGCGAAUGAAGUUGUUCUGAUGAUUUUCGAUGCUUUAGAGACAGCUUCUACCACUGGAUCUAAUCCUAUUGGAAUCCGAGAACCUAAAUUGGAUAUGUCUACUUUGUGGAACUCAAAAGAUGAUAAUUAUGGGAACUAUACAGGUACAUCAGGAAUGUCUUCUGGUUCGGUUGCAGCUGUAAUUAUGGCUAUCAUCUGCGCUAUCUUAGCUAUAGCUUUCUUUAUUUACAAAAAGAGACAAAUUCCAGGAUUUUCGUUCGCAAGAUUCGAUUUAAGAGGAGAAAAGAUUGAACUUGAGCUUGGGACCACACCACAUGAAGAGUUAGAACCUGAAGAGAGUCCAAGAUCUUCAAAAUCAGAGGAAAAAAGUAAAGCGUUUGAUAACCCAGUGUACGGCACUAAUAUUACAGACGAGAUUGCUACAUCAAGCAAUGAAGACAACUUAGGAGGAAAAGACUACGUAGAAAACCCAAUGUUUAUGAUAUUUGAGGACUCUGAAAAGAAGGAGAAAAGUUAGAUUUUAAGAAAUUGAGUAAUAGCUAAUAAUCAAGUCUUAAUAAAGAUUUUUGUUGUCA